AUGCGGUGUUGUCGAGUCGGAAUCCCCACGCUGAAGUGGUUCGGCACGGAGGGCGACUACAACGUCAUGGUGAUGCAGCUGCUGGGCCCGAGUCUGGAGGACCUCUUCAACUUUUGCGGGCGUCGCUUCAAACUCAAGACUGUCAUCCUCCUCGCCGACCAAAUCCUCAUGCGCAUCGAGUACAUGCACAGUCGCAACUUCAUCCACCGUGACAUCAAGCCCGACAACUUCCUGAUGGGUCUUGGCAAGCGUGGCAACGUCGUCUACUUCAUCGACUUCGGCCUGGCGAAGAAGUACCGCGACUCGCGCACCCACAUCCACAUCCCCUACCGCGAGAACAAGAACCUCACCGGGACCGCUCGCUACGCCAGUGUCAACACCCACCUCGGCAUCGAACAAUCCCGACGUGACGACAUGGAGUCGCUGGGCUACGUGCUGAUGUACUUCCUGCGGGGCAGUCUCCCCUGGCAGGGCCUUAAGGCUGGCACGAAGCGACAGAAGUACGAGAGAAUUUGUGAGAAGAAGAUGGAGACCUCCAUUGAGUCGUUGUGUGCCGGCUACCCAAGCGAAAUGGUGGACUACCUUAGCUACUGUCGAGGCCUGCACUUCGAGGCCAAGCCUGACUACUCCUACCUCCGUCGCCUGUUUCGCACGCUCUUCAAGAAGAACCACUUCACCCACGACAUCGUCUUCGACUGGAACCUCCUCAAGAUCUCGGGGAACGAGGCCCCCGGCAGCAGCGGUGCCGCUGGAAAUGGCGCCGCUGGAGCGCCUGCAAUCGAUGCUGGUCCAAGUAAAGCCCCAGCCAACUCCCACCAGCCACCGGCGCAGGUGCAACCGGGCAUUCAAAAGGAGGACGACAGCUUACCCAAUGAUCGAGCGCGGCAUCACCUGCAGCCGCAGUUUCCACCUCUGCUGCGACCGCCGACCCCGGACAACGUCGUGCAGCCAACAACCCGAGCCGUGGAGCUUCACUUACGUGCCCUCCAACAACAGCAGCAGAAACAACAGCAGCGCAGCCUGAUGAGUAACCGCGGACCCCAGCGUGGUCCCCCGGCCGCCUCGGGCGCAGUUCUCUCCUACCUUCGAUCGAUGGAUCCCGUGACCUCUCCCGCGUUCGCCCUCCAGCAGCCCAACCACCCUCAAGCCCAGUGGAAUGUCAACAACAACGCGAUACCGCGCACCGCCUCUGACAGCCCCGCUGCAAUGUGGCCGGCGGCGCCCCCUCCGGCUGGCUACACACCCGGUCCCGCCUACACCUUCCCCGACCAACACCACCCUCAGCGGUCUGGCGUUGCUGGCGCCGCCGCCCCCGGGGGUGUGGGAACAGCGGGACCGGUGAACCUCUACGUGGUGUCGGAUCCCACGACGGCAGCAGCUGCUGCGGCUAUGGCGCAACAACAGCAACACCAGCAGCAGCAGCAGCAACAACAACAACAGCAGCACUUUGCGGCAAUUGCUGCGGCCGCUCAGCAACAGCAGCAGUGGGCCGCGGCGCGUUUCGCUCUUGGUGGCAUGUGGCCCCCCCACCAACCCGCGCCGCCGCCCCCGCAGAUGUCGACACAAGUCCCGAGUGCUGCUGCAGCCGCCGCCGCCGCUGCUGCUCCCACCGCCGACCCAGCCACCUUCCGCUCCGGGUGCCUGCACUGA